AUGUUUCGAAUCCUCGAGUCGCAAGCUCCGGCCAAACAAACGGCUACGGACACAAUCGACGUAUUGAGCAGUAGACUGCAGAGUGCUACAUUGUUGGAAGAUCGUCGUGCAGCCAUUCAAGGAUUAAGAAGUUUUGCAAAACUUUACCCUGCAUCAGUCGCUUCUGGUGGUCUGCGGUCAUUGAUCAGCAGUCUACGCAAUGACAGUGAGGAUGUGGACACAAUCAAAGUGGUCCUCGAGACCCUUUUGAUGCUCUUCACACCCGAUGAAUCUAGUCCUGAAGCGUCGGACGAAAUAGCUCUAUGGUUGGCAGAUGAAUUCACUCAGCGACAAGAUAACAUAACUACCCUACUCAACCUUUUGGAAACCCGCGAAUUCUACUCCCGCCUUUAUGCACUCCAAUUGAUUUCGCACAUUUGUGGCGCACGACCGGAACGAACACAAGAAUGCAUUUUUACAGCCCCGCUAGGUAUCUCCAAACUAGUCGGUGUGCUGACAGAUGCAAGGGAACCAGUACGAAAUGAGGCUCUCGUCUUGCUGAUUGCCCUGACCCCCGCCUCGGAAGAGCUGCAGAAGCUUGUAGCAUUUGAGAAUGCAUUUGAAAUACUUUUCUCUCUUAUUGAAGCCGAGGGAGCAUUGACUCAUGGGACCGAGGUAGUGGAGGACUGCCUCUCCUUGUUGGCUCACCUGCUGAGGUUCAAUGUUUCCAACCAAUCGUUUUUUCGCGAGACAGGCUGUAUGAAAAGGGUAACACAGUUGCUUCAUGAAUGUCAGCAGGAGCCAGAAGACAAUGACCCAACGCCAGAGUGGACUUUAGUGCACCGAGAUAAGAACGUCUGGGGCCUGUUGGCCAUUAUCCAGUUGUUCUUGAUUCGCGGUGGCAUGAGUACGCCCAUUAACCAGACGGCAUUCUGGCAGAAUGGCGUAACAGAACAAGUUCUAAGCAUUGCAUUCAGCCAAAGGUUCAGUGUCAGUGUGACCUCAAAGGCCUUGUCAACAUGUGCCGAUCUGAUUCGCGGCAAUUCGCCGUUACAGGAAAGAUUCGGUGAUAUUGAAAUCCUGUGGGGCUCCUAUCCCCGCGGCGACAAGGCUGCCAAUGGUGAUACGAAAGAACCUUUACGCAUCAAUGUCAUUGAAGCAUUCUUAAAGCUCAGCCUCGAACCUAGUCCCAACAACCUUUUGGAUGCACGACUUGCUGCCUGCGAAUGUAUGAAAGCUUUUUUCGCUCAUCAUUCUGGAAUUCGCAUGCACGUCCUGAGGCGAGCGAUUGAAGGGCAUACUAGCGGACAGGAUCAGAUUCCCAAUAUUUUAUCUGUACUGCUCACUGCACCCGAAGCGCGCGGCAAUGCUGAUCCGUAUCAAGUCUGGAUAGCCUGUGUACUGAUGUUCCAUUUGCUCUUCGAUGAUGCAGAGGCCAAGGGAACAGCUAUGGGUGUCACUGAGGGCGAUGCUGAGAGCGGCGAAGAAGUGGUCACCAGUGUUCAAACUGUCGUUGGAAACCUAAUUACUGGCCUCCAGCGCGGUGACGAUGAAAGAAUCACUAUCGGUUAUCUGAUGUUGCUCUGUGGUUGGCUUUUUGAGGACCCAGACGUCGUAAACGAUCUUCUUGGGGAGGGUAGCUGCAUCCAAACCUUGUUGCAGGAAAUCAAGCACCAGCGCGCUCCUAGCAAAUUGGUACCCGGCCUUUGCACCGUGCUGUUGGGUGUUAUAUAUGAGUUUUCCACCAAGGACUCCCCGAUCCCUCGCGUCACGCUCCACAAGCUACUCAUCGAGCAGCUUGGCAGGGAACAGUAUAUUGACAAGAUCACAAGACUUCGAGAAUGCCCAUUGGUUCGCGAUUUCGAGGUCCUUCCCCAAACCACUGGUGGUCAGCUCGAGGGUGGACUGCCGGAGGUGUUCUUUGACCGCUCAUUUGUUGAGUUCCUCAAAGAUAACUUUAGCCGAUUGCUUCGUGCCAUUGACCGCGAACCCGGAUUUGAAAUCUCUAUUGUUGCCAAUGGUGUCGAAAAGGGAAUUUCACGUGAGCUCGUUGAUUCCUUGCGUGCAGAAAUCGAAGAUCGCACCCAAACCCUCCAAACAUUGGAGUCCGAUCUCGUCAGCAUUCAACGAAAGCUCGAUCAAGAACAGCUGAACCACCGAAAGACAGAGGAAUCCAAUGCAAUUGAGUUGUCAAAGCUUCAACAAACCAUCCAAUCUCUACAGCAAAGCCAUUCGCAGGAGCUAUCAAAACAACUAUCGAAGCUUGAAAACGAACAUAAGCAUUCCAAAAACGAGUUACUCAAGCAGCAUAAUGAUCAGCUCCGUGCCAUCGAUCAUCAACUCAAGCAGACCUCGGCCGAAUCUGAAAGCAAGAGCAGCAAAGCAAAGGAAAUGAGAGAGCACCAUGAGCGCGAGGUUGCUGCUCUACAAAAAACCAUUCGUGGCUUAGAAUCAGAGCUUUCUCGCGUCCUGGAACAACAUAGAAGAGAAGUUAUCAAUUCAAAUCAGAAAAUCCAGGAAUUGGAAACUAGCAUCACCCAGUCCAAGGAGGCUCACAGUGCACGGGUGACUGAGCUUCAAAGCAAGAUUCAGGAUUUGGAAAGCAACAAUAAAUCUCACAGUGAUCAAGUCGAUAAGUCCAACAAGAAGAUCCAGGAGUUGCAGAACACAAUUGGCCAGUCUGAAGAGGCCCACAGUGGACAAGUCGCCAGUCUUGAAAAGCAGAUUCAGGAUCUAGAAAACACCAAGAAAGCCACUGAGGGACAGGUGGCCGACCUCAACAAGAGAAUCAAGGUCCACGAAAGCAUUAAGGGAACCCAUGAUGGAGAAGUUGCCGAUCUUACUCAACGGCUGCAGAGCGUGGAAUCUACGUUGGCGGCAACCAAGCAAAAGCACGAAGCGGAAGUUGGCGACUACAAGAGCAAGCUUGACACCCUGGAAUCUGAGUUCUCUGCAGCCAAACAACAAUAUGAGACUGAAUCCACUGGUCACGAUAACACAGUCGGGACUCUCAAGUCGAAUCUUGCCGCAGCUACAAAAGAGCAUGAAGCUGAGAUUGCAAACCUAAAGCAACACAUCGCAGCUCGGGAAGCAGACCUUGCCAAGGUCCAGAAGUCCAGCAACGAUCUUGAGACGGCACAAGAAGGCGCCGCAUCCCAGGCCUCUGCGAUGGAAACACGAGCUAAAGAGGCUGAGGAAAAGGCCAGGGAGGCCGAGUCCCAUGCUCGCAAUGUGGCCGAAGCCCUCAAAAGCAUGCAGGCCCAGCUCGACAAGGCUCAAGUUGAAGCUAAAGAAAAGGAGGAGGCUCGCAAGUCAGCCCAGUCUGAACUAGAAGAUCUCCUGAUUGUCUUUGCAGACCUUGAGGCUAAGCGAACAGAAGACAAGAAACGGCUCAAGGAUCUCGGGGAGGAAGUAUCGGAGGCUGAGGAUGACGAUGAUGACGAGGGCGAGGAAGAUGAGUGA